AUGGGGCCGCCGAUGGCGGGCGGCCCGGCCGGCGCCGCUCUGCCCGCUUGGAAGAUGGCGGCGCGCGGCGGCCGCCGCCGCCGCCGCCGCGGGGCUGGCGUGGUCCCUCCGCGGCCGCCGCGGCCGCCGCCGCCGUUGCCGGGGCUACCGUUGCUGGGGCUGCUGUUGCUGGGGGCGGCGGCGGCGGCGGCGGCGGCGGCGGCGGGCGAGGCGGAGGAGACGGUGAUCAUCGGGCUGCGGCUGGAGGACACCGACGACGUGUCGUUCAUGGAGGGGGGCGCGCUGCGGGUGAGCGAGCGGACCCGGGUCAAGCUGCGGGUCUACGGGCAGAACAUCAACAACGAGACCUGGUCGCGCAUCGCCUUCACGGAGCACGGCCGGCAGCAGCGGCAGCAGCAGCAGCAGCAGCAGCAAGCCGGGGAGCCGCCGCCCACGCCGGCGCCGCCCCCGCCGUCCCCGCGGCGGGGCGAGCCCCAGCGCUGCGGCAUCCGCACGUCGGACAUCAUCAUCCGGCCCCACAUCGUGCUCAACCGGCGCACGUCGGGCAUCAUCGAGAUCGAGAUCAAGCCCCUGAGGAAGACGGAGAAGAGCAAGUCCUACUACCUGUGCACGUCCCUGUCCACCCCGGGGGCGUCGGGGGCGGUGGGGGUGGUGGUGGGGGGGGGGGGUCCCCCCGGAGCCCCCCCGCCGCCCCCCUGGGCCGAGACCACCUGGAUCUACCACGACGGCGAGGACACCAGGAUGAUCGUGGGCGAGGAGAAGAAGUUCCUGCUGCCCUUCUGGCUGCAGGUCAUCUUCAUCUCGCUGCUGCUCUGCCUGUCCGGCAUGUUCAGCGGGCUCAACCUGGGCCUCAUGGCCCUGGACCCCAUGGAGCUGCGCAUCGUGCAGAACUGCGGCACGGAGAAGGAGAGGAACUACGCCAAGCGCAUCGAGCCCGUCCGGCGCCAGGGCAACUACCUGCUCUGCUCCCUGCUGCUGGGCAACGUGCUGGUCAACACCACCCUCACCAUCCUGCUGGACGACAUCGCCGGCUCCGGCCUGGUGGCCGUGGUGGCCUCCACCAUCGGCAUCGUCAUCUUCGGCGAGAUCGUGCCCCAGGCCAUCUGCUCCCGCCACGGCCUGGCCGUCGGGGCCAACACCAUCUUCCUCACCAAGUUCUUCAUGAUGAUGACCUUCCCCGCCUCCUACCCGGUCAGCAAGCUGCUGGACUGCGUCCUGGGCCAGGAGAUCGGCACCGUGUACAACCGCGAGAAGCUGCUGGAGAUGCUGCGCGUCACCGACCCCUACAACGACCUGGUCAAGGAGGAGCUCAACAUCAUCCAGGGGGCCCUGGAGCUGCGCACCAAGACCGUGGAGGACGUCAUGACCCCGCUGCGGGACUGCUUCAUGAUCACGGGCGAGGCCAUCCUGGACUUCAACACCAUGUCCGAGAUCAUGGAGAGCGGCUACACGCGCAUCCCCGUCUUCGAAGGGGAGCGCUCCAACAUCGUCGACCUCCUCUUCGUCAAGGACCUGGCCUUCGUCGACCCCGACGACUCCACCCCGCUCAAGACCAUCACCAAGUUCUACAACCACCCCCUCCACUUCGUCUUCAACGACACCAAGCUGGACGCCAUGCUGGAGGAGUUCAAGAAAGGUAAAUCUCACCUGGCAAUAGUGCAGCGGGUAAACAAUGAGGGAGAAGGGGAUCCAUUUUAUGAAGUUCUGGGAAUCGUCACUCUAGAAGAUGUGAUUGAAGAAAUCAUCAAGUCCGAGAUACUAGAUGAAACAGAUCUGUACACCGAUAAUAGGACUAAAAAGAAAGUAGCCCAUCGGGAGAGGAAACAAGAUUUUUCUGCCUUCAAGCAGACAGACAGCGAGAUGAAGGUUAAAAUAUCACCACAGCUUCUCCUGGCAAUGCACCGUUUCCUAGCAACAGAAGUAGAAGCAUUUAGCCCAUCCCAGAUGUCCGAGAAGAUCCUUCUAAGGCUGCUAAAGCAUCCCAAUGUCAUCCAGGAGCUCAAGUAUGACGAGAAGAACAAGAAAGCCCCGGAGUACUACCUCUACCAGCGAAACAAACCCGUAGACUACUUCGUUCUCAUUUUACAGGGGAAAGUGGAAGUAGAGGCUGGGAAAGAAGGUAUGAAGUUUGAAGCUAGUGCUUUUUCAUACUAUGGGGUGAUGGCCCUCACAGCGUCUCCAGUUCCUCUGUCCCUGUCUCGUACCUUUGUUGUCAGCAGAACAGAGUUGUUAGCCGCAGGUUCUCCAGUGGAAAACAAGUCCCCUCCCCGUCCCUGUGGCUUGAACCAUUCGGACUCUCUGAAUCGCAGCGACAGGAUUGAUGCGGUGACCCCGACACUGGGGAGCAGUAACAACCAGCUCAAUUCUUCUUUCCUCCAAGUGUACAUCCCGGACUACUCAGUGAGAGCCCUCUCAGACAUUCAGUUUGUCAAGAUCACCAGACAGCAGUACCAAAAUGCCCUGAUGGCUUCCCGGAUGGACAAAACCCCGCAGUCGUCGGACAGCGAAAACACAAAAAUCGAACUGACUCUCACGGAGCUGCAUGACGGCUUGCCGGACGAGACGGCAAACCUGCUCAAUGAACAGAACUGCGUCACUCACAAAGCGGCCAAUCACAGUCUGCACAGUGAAGGCGCCAUCUAAAACCACCUGGGCCCCACGUCCUCCCUCCCGCCCUCUCUUCUCCCUCACCCGCCCACGGCCACCCCACCGUCUCCGCGCGCCUCCCCUCCGACCGCAACUCCCCAUCAGUAAGGACUUGGGUGCCGGACUGCGUUCUGCGGCAUCCCGAGACCAGAGACUGCGUGCCCUUUUGGGGAGCGAAAGCGGAAGAGAUGCGACGGGGUGGAAGCGGGUUGGGGAGAUGACUGAGACAGACUCCCGGGAAGCGGAAGGCGAGAUGGUGGAAACGGUGAAUGUCCUCCUGACGGAAGGGGGAUCGGGUCAUUUUCUCAGCUGCAGCUUUCAUCCUCGUUUGCUGGCCUCCUUCCUAAUUAUGCAUGAGGAAGCUCCGAUCAUUGCAAUUUAUUUUUUUUUUUCAAGCGAUCAGGUUUUUCAGAAACAUCCGGCGGCAUUUUAAGUUGCUGCCCUUCCUCCCAAGCUCGGCCACUAUACCAUGGGGAAUGGAUCCCCGCUUCCCUCCACCCCCACCGCCCGCUUACAGUGGACUUCUCCUUCCAGGUUUUUUCCCCCCAGCCUUUCCGGGCCCUCUCUGCCACUAACACUGGCUUGGGCCCGCGCCUCGUCCGAGCAAAAGCCAAGAAAACCUGGGUUCCCGGCAUCCCCAUAUCGGACCGUGGGCCCGGGGAGGAGACGUCGAGUGGCUCCGGAACCUCGUGCCCUAAAGGAAGAUGGGAAUUUCGGUGGGGAACGUUCCUUGGCUCUCACACUAAAGUAUUAUUUCCUCAGCCAAGCGAGCUUUACUGCAUUUUCAACCAGGGCGGGGGGGGAAGUGGGGAGGGGGGAGCAGUCACAUUUACCAGAGCAACGCACCAGGUGACCCCAGAACAGCGGGGCCCGCGUUGGCGUUGUGGAGAUCUCAGGUGAAAUCCAGCCCCUCUCCCCACCUUGGUCAGUAUGCGUGUUCACCAGAGGACGGAGUCUCCAAAGCGAAGCCCCCCAUCCUCUCCCCAUCCUCACCGAAGCUCUGAAUAGUCUGGUGGGCUACGAUUCUGUUCGUCCCCUCCCCUCUCCCUUCAUCCUCGAAUGUUGUCGACUCCAGAUGCUGCUAAGAUGAUGCCAAAAGGAAAUCCCCUCUGUGGCUUUGAAGUAGAAAGAUUAUACGGCCUAGAACCCUGCUCCCUUCCUCGCUGAAACCGCCCUGGGCUCUUUAAAGAGAUUUCCCUUUGCAACUCGGCCCUCGGGCCGGUGGUGGGAUUUCCCAAAAGGGCUUUCCUCUUCUCUUUCCGCCCACUGCUCCUUUCAGGGACCUGGGCUCCACAUCCUCCCUCCCACGGGUCUAACUGCCAAACCCGGGCCUUGCGCCUGGCCUGGACGUAGGCCUGACCGGACGCCCCAAGGACGGCUGACGAAACGUGUCACGGGGUGGGCUCGGGAGGGGCGGCACCUGUCCCCAAAAGACUCCUCUCCUGUGGCCCGGGUGGGAUAUAUAGGCCCAAAAAAAAAAAAAAAUUCCGAAAGUAACGUCCAGUGCCCCGUGCCUACCGGCAGCCAUCCGAUCUUUGGCGUUCCAAGGUUUCAAGAUCCAGGGAGGUCUCCAGUGUUACAUUCCCCUCUCCCUGCUGGCGGCCCGAUUAAAGAUCGCUGUCUGACACCUUCCACUGCUCCCCAUCCUCUUUGGCCUGAUGACCAAAGAGACGACCCUCGCCCUGGCCCCCCACUGAUCCCCCACCGGCCACAAGAUAGCUCGCUCCCAACCAGGAGGCCAGAAGCAGAACGUGCUUGCAGGGAAUUGCCUGGGUCUUAAUUUUGUCUUCUCUUCAAGCCAAACUCCAUGUCGGGUAGUAGAAUCUAGCCAGCGUGCAUUUUUGGAUGACUGAAUCCUCAGCUUAUUCUCCUUUUGAGUGCUAUCUUAAAGGCAGUGUGAUUUGUGAUGGCAGUAUUAAUGUUUCGAGAUAAAAGUUGAUUGUGACGUGGGUCCGUGUUCCAAAUGGACACUAGCAGAUCAUGUAGCAUUGCCCCGUGGGCUUCGACCUCAUUCCAGCUCUGGCUCCCACGAUCAGCUCCUCCAUCCUCUCUCUCUCCCUCUUGUUUUUCUUUCUCUCUCAUUCUUCUCUCUCUCUCUCUUCCCCCACUUCUCCUUCUCCUUCUCCCUCCCCCCCACCCCACCUUCAUGCUCCAGGAAAGGACACCUGUCCAUUCUGCUGAUACCAUUUCCCCGAUUAUUGCUUUGAUGCCAGGCCCGAUGGGUGGUUUCUGAGAGAGUGCAAUAUUCUAGUUGCAGCUCCCAGUCUGUCACAGGCUCCGUGGGCCGAGCCGGGGAGGGAGGACGAGAUGGAGGUCCCGGCCUUUGGGAGAAUUUAUUUUGCUCUCAGUUGAAAGGUGUAUCUCUGUUACGUGAGCAACACCUAAGCAAAGGUGUCCCCUUUUGACUUUUUCGCCUCCCAGGGGGCAUCUCUGCAGUGGAGAUGGUUCAGUGGUCCAUUGAUGAACUCGGCCCAGGUCCACUCCAUGGACUAGGACGCAUAGCGGUGGGGGGCAAUCGGAUGUUCAGACCCACCUCCGCGUUAGUCAACUUGAAGCUGUCAUUUUCCUUUUUGCCCCAGUUUUGUUCGUGGAGCCCUGGGGCUUCCCUUUGCUCCAAGGAGGCCAGGAUCUUGCAGUAUUAUUUCCCCUGCAGCUCCCCCGAAGCACCACCUCGCUGGCGUUGGCCUCUGUGAGGGUGGCAGCAGCCCUGAAGGAGUCGAUCCUGAGGCCCCAGAGCCAUCGGCCGCAAGUUGGGAAGCCGAGUGCUCCCUUCCUGGCUUCCCAAGACCAUCAUCAGGGAGGUGAAUGUGAGGCACUUCCCAACUCCUAUCAGAGACCUCCCGAUCGAGGUCUCCGUUUUAUCUGGGCCCCAGCCCUGAGCGAAAGUACUGAGCCUCAUAAAACAGAAUCCCUGGAGGGCAGAAUCGUGGGUACCAAACUCCCCAAACAGGAGAGGGAAGCAGACCGUAGGUACCACUCUUGGUUUUGGGUUAAAGGAGGCAGGAAGGUGAGAACUACAUUCUGCCAGGGAAUUUGUGUUCAGUUCCAUGAUAUGGCCUCUGGAGAGUUGUCUUGUAAAGACACCAGCGAUGGCAGCCACAAAAUAAAGUCCCGGGUUGUUGUCAUCCGUCUCCCACCCACCCACCCCAGACUCACAGCCCAGCAGUCUCGGGAGAGAGAUAAUCUCAUGUAUUUUUGCAACUCAUUUGUUUUCUCCUUCUUAAAAUAGACCAAACUGAGUCAUACCUAGGCUGCAUCUUGGUGAAAGACUUGGCCCUCAGGCGAGAGCCAGGAAUCCUCCCAGUAGGAGUAAUAAUAUUUAUUAAGCCCUUACUGUGUGCAGAGCAUUGUACUAAACUUUGUAGUGCCGUACUAAACUCCUAUUCACUUGAGCUUCUGAUCAGUACCGCUGACCUGAGGCCCCAUUAAUAGCUCGGUGGGUUUUUGCUCUCCUGAAAGGUGAGCUCGCGGGGAAAAUCUCUUGAACAAGAAACUUUUACUAUUUCAAACCUACUUGGAGCUUUUGCCACUGAAAUCUGGAAGGGUUUAGUCCCAGUGAUCCACUAAUCGAACGGCCCCCUAAUCCUCUAGACUGGAAGCUUGUUAAGGGCAGGAAAUGUGUUUGCUAUUUCUGCUGUAUUGUCCUCUCCCAAGUGCUUAGUUCAGUGCUCUGCACAUAGUGCUCAAUAAAUACCAUUGAUCGACUGAUUAAUUGUCUAUCACACCGUUGUCAGAGGUCAAGAGGGAGUGAAAAGUACCAACGGGGGCCCCCAGUGUCGUUCCAAACUUGGACAAAGUGCCCUUGCUCUCUCUGAUCCCGAAUAAUUGCUGGGACUCACUCUUUCCAGAUCGAGACUCUCAUCCCUCUUGGUGACUAUCGAAAUUUCGAGUCCAGAUUGUGUUCUGGUUCUUCACUCACCCACAGCCUUGCCCAAGUUUUCGGGAGGCAAGGCCCACUUCGAAUUUCCGACUUUUCGUGAAACCGGGUGCAUUGUUUAUUCCUCGGAAGUGGAGGAUUCUUCAGAGUUCAGUUUUCUCCCCGAAUGUGGUUUGGAUUUGUGGGCAAGGUUGCUACUGCCUACGAUCGGUGUUCAGCUUAGUACUAAAGUCAGGGGACAAUGUCUGACGCAAGAGUGCUGUGGGGAGAGAACCAGCAUUUCUGCUACCGGCAUUCACGUGAAGUUUUUUUGAAGGGAACGAGGGCCUUCAACGGUCUCAAAGCGCCGCACCUGUAAAUGCAUUUUGACCUUCGUCAAAUCUCUGGAUUGGAAAAUAGGCUCCUGGGUUGCCAUCGGGAUGUUGGUACUGUGACUUUGCCGUUUUUGAGGUACGAGGAGAGAGUGGUUCUCCGUCCCAACUUGUAUGGUGCUGGUCUGGAGAUGAUAAAUUGCACCGAGACCCUGCUUGGGAGCGAAUCUUCCGAGUAUUUCUCUCAGCAAACUUGGUAUUUGUUUUUUUUUGCCCCGGGGAAUCUGAAUCUGAUUGACCGACUAAUCCACCUUCCCAUCAAAAGGCUCCUGGGUGAACGGUGAGAGGAUGAAUGCCCGGCUGGGCUGUUGUUUCUGGGGGGCUUCAGCUGAGCAGGAGCUUGGAGCCUGAGGAGGAGGAAGGUUGACAACCCAAGAUGAACCAGAACUUGCUAACCUCUGGGUGGGAUAGUCGCCUUUUCUAGGAAAGUUUAAUCAGCGACCCCUUCCAGGGCUUGAAACAGGCCCGGAUGCCCAGGAAUUUGCAUCUGCGAGUAGGUGGUUUUUCAAAUAUUCCAAUCGCUGGUGAUUUUGGAGGCCAGAGUGAAGAGACUCUGAUUUGGACAACGGAAGUAGUAGUCCAAUUUGGUGAAGCAAAACAAAUACAGGUUUUCCGGAGUCGAGAGAGGGUUUUUUUUUUUUUCUUUUUGUGUUUUUUGAGGUUUUUUUGUUUGUUUUGAACACGAAGGCUUUAUAUACUGAUUAGUGGAUUCUGUGUACCUCAGGGUGUAUCUCUCUUAAUGAUGUCAAAUAAUUUUCCGUCCUAUUUGUGCAAGGUGAUUUGUAAGUUGACGUCGGACUAACUGGGAGGGGUGUCUCUGUCCCGCUGCUGAGGGAGCCAGGCCAGCCUCGACCGGGUUGCCCUCACAAAGAAACGCUCGAGCUUUCGCCCUGGCCCCGGCAUUUCCCGUCCCUCUCCUCCUUUGGAUUAAUCCACCACCUUCCCCUGCAUCUUAUUGUUGCAGUUUACUCGGGUGUUUGGUGUCGCCUCCAUGCUGGGAGAACGGUGGACCCGCCUCAUUUAGUUGGGGGUUGGUUAUUUUCUAUUUAAGUUGCCCGUUUGUUUGGACCCUUCUUCCUCCUUUCCCCCACCCCCUCCACUUUAGCAUUUCUUCCAUCCCCACCUUCCCGAAUGUUUCCCAGAGAACCCUCGAGGAGGCCGGUAUAUUGGAAUGGAUUGGUUGCGAGGACUAGCAGUUGGCAAAUCCGUAAAAGAGAGCAAGGCAGGAGAUGGGGAUGGGACUGCCGGCUCUUAGGGAACGGAUCCCGGGAUCUUCGUACUUGUGAUCUCCAGAGCGUUUGGCUCAGCAGAAUUGCGGGCAGGCAGUGAGUCCUAAAGACUUCACCUAUAUUCAUUUUUGGAUGUCCUGGGCUGGAGAUUGAGGCCCAGCGUUACAGGCCUGGAAUGGAAACCAGCCUUCCCGCCCAAAGCGGAUAGAUUGAGAGACUUUAUAUGCAUCAGAGGCACGACACAUCCGAGUUUCUGUGUAGUUGAAUGGACUCACGGGUCCAACUCAGCACUCUUACUGUUCCCAGUAGUAAAGAUGAAUGAUUUCAUGAUCCCCCCAGUCAUUGGUACCUUCACGCUCUGGGACCAGAUUCACGUUCCUUUAAUCUGGGUUCCACCUCGAGGCCCCAUUCUUUCCAACUCGAGGAAUGCCAACGGGACAUCCAAGGUGUCUGGGGAGGAGGAAGAAGGAGAGAAGAUGCGCAAAUGGGUUUGUUUGUAAGACAUGCGAGUGGCAGGGGUUGUUUCUCCCAAAGUGUAGGUUUUGCAGACCCAAACUGGAGAACUUGUCACUAGGCAAAGCAGGUGAUUAGCAGUGGUCAGUGCCAGGGUUAAGGUUAAGGCUUGACUUCUCUUAGGUGGUGGAAAAGUAGCCUCUUGCCCUAUGGGUUGGCAAAGACCAAAUUCGCUUUCCUCAGAGUGAUAGAUGAUUAUCCUCUUCCAUUAUCGUGAUUAAACUCACCUGGAGAUUUUAAACUCUCCAGCCCAUGUUCCGUCCUGUCCUUUCCCUGCAGUAUCUUGGGUGGGGAGAGGGUGGCCCUGGGGCUUCCCCGAGGGAGCCGAACCUUCUAUUCCUUGAUAUGCGCUUCCUGGAUUGUCGUCACCGUGCUGGUUUCACUUCAUGCCUGAAUCGUGUAACUCCCUCACCUGUUAUUUUAUGUUAUUAUUUAUUAUCCUGUAAAUACGUCUCGUCUCACGUCACCCAGCACUCGGUCAGCGUAAGAGAACCUGGGGUUCUUCAGCCUGUUGAACCAUGAAUAUGUAAGGGUUCGAUGUUUCCACGGGGAAGGAAAGGUUAUUUUAAGGCUUUGGAGGAGAAGGAUUUUCACUGUCCCAGCUUCCCCCUUCCCCUCGGGUCCGGAGUCCGUAAGUGGACCAGGGGCUGCCAGCGUUUUGCUGCCUUGAAAUGUCAAAACCGUGAUGAGAAGCUGUGUUGGCGGCCUAGAUUUGGGGGACGUAGGGGGUGGCGGAGAGGGACGGCCUGCGGGAGGGUGGCUGAAGUGAGGAUCUCUCCUAAUGAGCGGGGACUUUGAGGGAGGACUUCCAGAUUCUCCCUUAGUGAGCAAGGAGAGGCCUCUCUGUUUCCAGAGCAGCUGGAAGGGGGUUGGAGCCCGUUGCUUUGUGGAGGGACUUGUAGGGAAAAUUCAAGGUGGCUGGGAAAAGGUGCUGGCGACGGGAGAGCCUUCUCCGGCAAGCCGCUCAGAUGGAAGUGUGGCUCCGGCUUUGCCAGGAAGCUGGAAGAGCCUCCUCUCGUUCUGAAAUCCCAAAGCCCGGUUGCAGAGAGUUUUCAGGGCUCCGGUAGCCAGCCCGAGCUCCAACCACCAAACCUGGUGAGGCCCUGGUGUGGCCAGGCUUGGCCGCCCUGUUUCUGGGUGGCCUGAAACCCUGGGUGGCCCUGUUUGGUGCCAAUUUGUACUUCCCAAGCGCUUAGUACAGUGCUCUGCACGUAGUAAGCGCUCAAUAAAUACGAUUGAUGAUGAUGACGGGCCUGAUCCGUGAGGUGGGGCGGGGGAACGUGCCCUCUCCUUUUCCCCCAUCUAUAUGUAAAGUCGCCGCUCGACCGUGGUAAGAGCUGCCUUUGGGCCGUGUAAACCGACUGACCGCUCCUCUGCUUCCUGAACUGGUCUUACGCCUUUUAUUUUUAAUGCCCGUGCUCCCCGACUCACCUUGGAGAUAUCCAUGCUGGACCGGAGCAGCAGCCUACAGCCCGCCCUUCCAUCCAGAAAGAAUUCCCACCGUCCGGCUUACUUUCCAUCCUCUUCGGUCUUCGCCAGUUGUAUCAUAUUGUACAUUGGUAUUUCCCCGCCGCAGCGUUCCAAACCCGGAAUUCCGAACUAUGUACAUAAACCCGAAGAAGCACAAGUGAAACGGAUGGAAAGUGUACACAUUUCACGAGCUGUCGUAAUGAACGCAUUUUAUAAUAUAAAUGAUGUAGAUUUGCAAUCUCUUUUAUUUAUUUUGUACCUGAUUUAUCUGUAUAUUUUGUGAUUGGUUAAAAGGUUUUUUUUUUUUUGUUUCUAUUAUUCUUUUUAGAUAAAUGAUGAUUUUUCUGUUCAGUCUUCCAGCUGCCGUGGUUUUUCUGUUCCACCUCCGUUUGUAUUACGCUGCUCAUUCUCACCUCCCGGCCCCCCGGCCCACUUAACCAUCUGCACGGCUGGGCUUAACUCUUAAAACCCCAGCUGCUUCUCGACCCUGCCCCGGUUUCCCCCGGCUCUGGGCCGGAGGGAGCAGACUUGGCUUGUUGACCGGACCGAUUGGACUUGGGGUGAGUUCCUCUUGCAGGUCAGUAAUUAGCCGCCCCUCCCCGGCUCCUCUCCUGCGGAGUGUCUUGAUCGGCCCCCCCGAAACUCAGCGGUUCUGCCCUUCGCGGAGAGCGGCCCCCCUCCAAGAGGCGACCGGCCCUUUUCUCCCACCCUGUGCGGGCUGACGGGGGGUGUGUGGUUGCGACCUCCGAUCCCUGCCGAUCGUAAAGCUUGGCCGGCGGUGGGGACCGGAGCCCAGGUUGGGGGGACGUCCCUGGAACCCCACUUGGGGAAUUAAAAGCAGCGAGGGGUCGAGUACGGUCGGCAGAUGGAAGGCGGAGCAAAGUCUGUUCUCCUUUACAGCAGAAACUCUCCCGUGUCUACGCGUCUUCCGUAGUCUUCGUCACCCCCUCGGCUCACGUCUGUCCGACCUUCCUUUUUCCCCCUUCCCCGCUCCUCUGUCAGUGGGAUAGAAGGCGGCUAGAGGUUGACCUGACCAGACUUUCAGGUACCCCGAGCUGUUCACACCCUUGGGCUGCAGCUCUUUGGUUUUCUGGCCCUUCUCGAGAGGCAGGCCUUCCUUCGCUUGGACGCCUCUCUUGCCGUUUUAUUUAUUUAACCCCCGUGUCGCGUGCAUCUGCCUGAGCUGCAGUUCACUCGCAUCCGUCCUGAGCUGCAGUUCACUCGCAUUCGUCCCGGUUCUCCGUUGAAGACCGCCGACCGGCCGCUUUUAUUUAGCGGAGAGCCGGCCCUCGGCGAGAGAGAGAGAGGAAGAGGUAUCGCCGGGGUCUGUUUCAGCUCCCUGCCCCAACUCCGCGUCGGGGAUCCAGUUCGUUUCCUCUUUCCCGUCGCACGGUCCGGGCCGAGCCCCCGCUUGGGUCAAAAGCUCUGCUUCCCGGGAGGUGAUUGCCGUCCCGGGAAAGGGGAAGGGCAGCAGCCCUCCUAACCCUCUGGGACUCCUGCCGAAUGACGGAAAGUCAAACCGUCUUAACGCACCCUCCCCGCCUAACCAAGGCCUGCCUUCGUGUUGGAAGUUAGAAUGGGAAGCGUUCGUUUCCCUCAGCCGGACUCUCCCUCUCUGUCGUCUUGGCUAGUGCUUUCCCACUUCCCAAAUUUGCCUAGUUUCCAGCUUGACUCAGGAACUGUCUCAAGGGAAGUCAAGGAAAGACUCAGUUGGCUUAAACUGUGACCUGUGAUUUUUCGCUUUGCACACGCGCGACCACAUAAAGUUGUCGGUUUUUACGCUUCAUUGGGAAAGUGCUCCUUUGGGCUUCUGUUCGGCAUCUCAAACGCGCUCCUUGUCCCCCCCACUCUCAGCAUUUAUAUUUGAUGGUAUCAAACUCAAUCGAGAGGUUCUUGUGGAGAAAGUGACUGGAGUAAACAGACUGACUUUUUACGGCCUGGACUGGUUUCUGGAAACUGUCAUUUUAUACUUUUUGAAAGGCGAUGACUUUAUUAAAGAGAUGAUUCCUAAUUAAAGCUGAAAAAAAAAGUUGAAUUAUAUUGAAUGGCUAAUAAACUCUUUUGCUUUCUU